AUGGGUGAAUCGUUGUGUAGUGUGACCGACCUACUUUCAAUUGAACAUGAUUAUCCAUACUGUUACAUACUCAGCGAAGCAUUGAAAGUGUUCGACAAACGUCUUCUGAACAUACAACGUUCGCCACGGGCAAAUGGUGAUGAGAGAGUAUCUUGCAGCAUCAAGACACUAAGUGUUGUCAUCACAAGUGGCUGCGAUGAAUCAGAGAGCAAACUUUGGCCUAGUGAACACAUGGAUGAAUCACACAAAAUCAGCAUAUUGGAUGGGAAGAUUCAUAUUGAAUCUAAUGAAGUAUGGGGAGUAUUGCACGCCUUGCAGACUGUCAUACAACUGGUACACAGAAGUGAAUCGGGAGCUCCCGUAUUACGCAAACAAAAUAUCAAGGACUCACCGCGAUACGGUCACAGAGGAUUUCUACUGGACACUGCUAACCAUUACAUUAGUGUUGAUGAGAUAGAGAAAUUCAUUGAUACUAUGGCCGUCGUUAAAAUGAAUGUACUUCAUUGGCAUAUGACAGAUGACUCUGCAUUCCCCUAUGACUCAUUCACAUAUCCUGAACUCUCUAGAAAGGGUGCAUAUGAUCCACAAAAGUUAGUUUAUGAAAAUGGUGAUGUUCAACGGCUGUUGCAGUUUGCACGUCAGCGCGGGGUACGUGUGAUCGUGGAAUUUGAUACUCCUGGUCACACAAAGUCAUGGGAAAAAGGUUAUCCAGGAAUACGAACAGAGUGUUAUAAAGACGGUAAGCCGACUGGUGAAAAGGGUCCAUUCAAUCCUGCAAAUGGAACCACAUUUGAAUUUCUGGAGGCGUUUUUCAAGGAAGUCACGUCAGUAUUUCCAGAAACGUUUGUCCAUUUAGGUGGGAACGACGUUUUGACUUCUUGCUGGAAAUCGAAUCCUGAUAUUUUGAAGUUUAUGGAGGAAAACAAUUUCGGUAGUGAUUUUGGAAGACUUGAAUCAUAUUACUUUGAUCAACUCACUGAAGCCAUUCAAUCAGUUCAACCAGAUGGGCACUCUAUUACACCAGUUGUCUGGGAUGGAGUGUACAUGGAUGGGUAUCGUCCUACUAAAACCACUGUGAUUCAAGUGUGGAACGGAGGAGAUUGGACGGAACUUGUCGAAGGUAUAAUAUCAGCUGGUUAUCGAGUUAUAAUAUCGUCAUGUUGGUUAUUUACUGGCAUAAACGGUCCUCGAAGAUGGAUGGAUUACUAUGCCUGUGAUCCAUCGGCGUUUAAAGCCGAAGAUGAAGCACGAAAUCUGAUUAUUGGUGGAGAAGCCAUUGUGUAUACAGAAUAUGUGGAUGAGUCAAAUCUCAUUAUGCAUUCAUGGCCCGAUGGUGCUGCAGUAGCCGAACGCCUUUGGUCACGAGAUCCGUUUGUUACUGACGAAUUUCAAAUAAGAUUAAAUGAACUACGUUGUUAUUUGAGACACUUAGGAUUCAAUGUGAAACCUUUAAAUGGACUAAAUAGUUGUCUACGACCGUAA